UUGAAUUGCUUAGCAAUUAUCAGUAACUUGAUCAACGAGUUCAUGUUUUGAAGAUGGCAACAAGCAAUCAAAAGCCUUUAUCUCUCCAUCGAAGACCAAAACUUCGUAUCAUUUCCCAAUCAUCCUUAGCUUUGUCAAGAAGAGAAAGAAAACUGUUCAAGAAAAGAAACCAAAACCUGCAAAACCCAUACAAAGAAAUAGAGAAACAAAAGCAAAAAAGGAAUCUUUUUCCUCUCCCUCCUAAAGCCAUUCUUUAUCUCCCAUCCAUUUCUCUCUACAAGAUAUAUAAAACCCUCUACGAUCCUUCUUCUUCCUCAAGAACACACCCUUAAACAGAAACCCGAAAUCCCCAUUCUAAACUAUGUCCUUAACCCAUCGUCCUCGUGUUACAGUCAAUGGAAUACGAAGAAUGAGAACUUUUCAUUACUUCUGGUGCCAAAGCUGCCAGAGAACCAUAAGAUUAACCUCCAUAAACCCACAUGAAAAUUUCUGUCCUCAUUGCUUUAGUGUAGUAAAUCAUGAGCUAGACAUAUUAAGGCCUAGGCUAAUUCCUGACCUGAUAGAGCUUGAGCCUUCUCCGGCUUCAAGAUUAUUGGAUUCAUUAGCAUUAACGCUUAAUUCUUCAAUGAGACGGCGAUACAUUGAAUAUCAUAGAAGAUUUCGUUGGGAAUCUGAAGGUGCCAAUUCACCUUGGAUUACUCUUGAAUUUCUUGAACCUCCCCGCCCACCACGACUUCCACAGCCACAUACGGCGGUUCCUGGCGGUGUUGAUGCUAAUAAUAAUGGGAAUACUGGGAAUUUUGCUGAUGUCGAUAACUUGUUUGUUCCGGAGCUGACUGAUCUUGACAGGCCCGGACCACCUCCUGCGGCUGCUUCCGCUAUUGAAGCAUUGGCAAUGGUGAAAAUUACACAAGAACAUUUGAUUAAGGAUUCGACUUGUCCUGUUUGUAAAGAUGAAUUUGAGUUAGGUGGAGAAGUGAGGGAAUUACCCUGCAAGCAUUUGUACCAUUCAGAUUGCAUUGUUCCAUGGUUAAGUAUGCACAAUACUUGCCCGGUUUGCCGGUAUGAAGUGCAUGAUGGUUUUGAGGAUCAUAUACAGCAAGAAAAUGGUCAAUCUUUUGGAUUUGAGGAGGUGGCAAAUAGUAUGAAUUGGCUGAGGAACCAGUUUGUUUCUUUAUGGCCUGUUCGUGCAUUUUCAGUUUGGAGACAGAGGUAUCUUGAUUUCUUGGAUAAUCGAGUUGCAAAUUCUGGAGGAGCUAGUCCCUGGUGGCGUUCCUGGCUCAUUCUCUAGCUCUGCAUUUCAACUGCUACUCAAGCUAGAAUCUGUACAUAUUAGCCUUGUAAUUGAAUGAUUUCUUAUAGCUAGGCAGGUAUCUGUAACUUAUGCUAAAUUUCAAGAUUGCAAAGAUGAAAGUUAAAUUGAAGCUUAACAGGUAAGCUUCACACUUCUUGUUAUCUCUCCGAAACUCCACCUCGGCCACCAUAUAUGAGGACUGUUGGGCCAUAAGCAUAACUGGUCUCAAUUGUGAAUUUUAAGUUGUCUUAAAUAACUCAUUCUGUCAAUAUCUUUGCUGCAGAUUUCUGAACUUGGAAAAAGGUGUUUAACCCAUGAUGGUGGAUACUUCUGAUUUCAGAAAUGGGUUCGUUGUUGAAGAAACUAAAUGGAUUCCACUUGAACACAAUUCGGAUUUCGACUUCUUAAGGAAUCAUAUAGAACUAGAAAUUAAUUCCAGAACUGAUCUCAAAUGUAAUGGCAAUAUGUUCUGUUAUGCCACAUGACAAUGCAAUCACAAGAAAUAUUGAUUCUUUAAAGGAUAAACAGGCAUAACUAAUGCACUUCUUGGA